UGCAGGCUCCCUCCCUCCCUCCCUCCCUCUCUCUCUCUCUCUCUCUCUCUCUCUCUGCUCCCUUUAUUCCGGACUCUACUGACUCCGCUCGGGUCCACUCAGUUUCUGGCUCGCAGUUCCCGCCACCCUCCACCAUUACGUCCCAAAGCAAAACGGACUUCCUCGCGCUCGCCUCUCGGACCCUGCAGAGGAAGAGGAUCGUGGCCGCUGUGGUCGGCAUCGUCAUGGUUCUGGCUCUCAUCAUCGCGAUCCCGCUGCUGGUCCAGACCUCCAAGACCGACGCGCACUACGAGAUGAUGGGCACCUGUCGGAUGAUCUGCGACCCGUACAACCCCAAACCGAGCGCCACGGCUCUGGAGGUGAUGCAGGACCUGAGCGCGAUCCCCUCCCCGACUUUUGUUCAAGGGACUAAAGGAGAGCCGGGUCGGCCGGGGAAACCCGGGGCGAGGGGACCGCCAGGCGAACCGGGUCCGCCGGGUCCGAGAGGCCCGCCGGGGGACAGAGGGGACUCUGGGAAGACGGGGUACCCCGGGGUGGUGGGCACCGCGCGGACGGACACCGGCGGAGAGCUGGGCUCCGCGCUCGGCGGGGCGAAGAUCGCGUUUUAUGUGGGUCUGAAGAACCCGCACGAGGGAUACGAGGUGCUCCGGUUCGAUGACGUGGUCACGAACCUCGGGAACCACUACGACCCCACAACCGGGAAGUUCACGUGCCAGGUGUCUGGGAUUUACUACUUCACCUACCACGUGCUGAUGCGCGGGGGGGACGGGACCAGCAUGUGGGCCGACCUGUGCAAGAACGGACAGGUCCGAGCCAGCGCCAUCGCGCAGGAUGCCGACCAGAACUACGACUACGCCAGCAACAGCGUCGUCCUGCACCUCGACUCCGGUGACGAGAUUUACGUCAAACUGGACGGCGGCAAAGCGCACGGCGGGAACAACAACAAAUACAGCACGUUCUCUGGUUUCCUUUUGUACCCGGACUGACUGAUAGUCGCCGCUCCCAACCCGCCGGGACAGAAACAAACCUCAGAUUUAUCUAAUCAAUACAUCAAUUGAUCAGAGCGACAAGAGGACGAUCAGUCUCAUAUUCAGCCUUUUUCUUAGAGAAUAUUGUUUCUCUCUAUUCCCUCAAUAGUUUGAUUUUCUUUGGCAACAAACGUCUUUCCACUGUGGUGCGUUCAAGGACCCUUCGGUUUGUUCUGCUUUGGAAAUAAGUGAAAUUACCAUGAAUAGAAAUUAAAAUGAUUAAUCAGAAAUAUAAAUAAGAACCUCAGUUAUUCCCUCCAUCGUUCUUAGACGAACUGCCUUCACGCGAUGGAUCCACGAUCGAUGUUUGCAGAUGUUGUUUCUCUUUGUGCAUUUUGUGGAGGUUGUUCGGGUUGGGGGGUGCACUGAAACUGAACUGAAAAGGCCUUGAUGACCUCCCCCUUGUAUACAGAGGACAUUGCUGUGUGAUGUGAUGCUAUUUUAUGCUUGAAAGUGUGUCUCACAAAGAUAUAUAUAUAUAUAUAUAUAUAAAUACUGUAUGUAUGCACUUAUUUAUUCAAAAAGAAACCCCAUAUAAGCUGCAGUUAACUGUUCAUCCAGUGUUGCAAAAAUGUUUCUAUAUGUCUUCGUAUUCCAGUAUAAACGUCGGUCAGUAAUUUCAAUAAAUGAUUAUGUUUUAUAAA